CCCACCCCACAGUGAGAUGCUGGCCUGGGCCAGCGCGCAGAUCCACUGCCAGUUCCACGCCAGCGAGAGCCGCGUGGCCCUGCCCCCCCCAGACACCAGCCGGCAGGACGUGCAGGCCGAGAGUGAGACCGUCUUUGUCCCCAACAGAGGGGAGCGGGGCCAGUGCAUCCUGUCGACGCCUCCCAAGAUCCUCUUCUGCGACUUACGGCUGGAUCCCGGCGAAUCCAAAACCUACUCCUACUGUGAGACGCUGCCGGUGGACGGGCCGCCCUCCUUCCGGGGCCAGGCGGUGAAGUACGUCUACAAGCUGACCAUCGGCUGCCAGCGGGUCAACUCGCCCAUCCAGCUCCUGCGGGUCCCCUUCCGCGUCCUGGUGCUGCAUGGACUCCAGGACUAUCAGCUCCCCCAAGACGAGGCCGUGGCUCCCUCCAAUCCCUUCCUGGAGGACGAGGAGGGGUCCAAGAAGGAUUCCCGGCUGGCUGACCUGGCCACGGAGCUGCUGAUGGUGGCCACGUCUCGGCGCAGCCUGCACCUGUACAACAUCAGCAACUCCCGGGGGAAGGUGGCUGCCUUUGGCAUCUUCAAGACGGUCUACAAGAUCGGCGAGGAAGUGGUCGGGACCUUCAACUUCUCUGCGGGGGACAUCCCGUGCUUGCAGUACUCGGUGAGCCUGCAGACAGAGGAGCGGGUCCAGGAGGCCUUCCAGCGCCGGCGCGGGCAGCCCGUCUCUUACAGCACCCACGCGCGCCACCAGGAGUCCUGCCUGCACACCUCCCGGACCAGCUUCAGCCUCCCUAUCCCGCUCAGCUCUGCUCCGGGGUUCAGCACCCACAUCGUGUCCCUCAAGUGGCGGCUGCACUUUGAGUUUGUGACGGCCCGGGAGGCGGUGGAGCUGCAGGGGGCCUCCUCCUCCGGGGGCCAAGCGGAAGCCGUCAGCUGGACGGGGGUGGAGCAGGUGGAGGUGGACACCUUCAGCUGGGACCUGCCCAUCAAAGUGCUGCCGACCAAUCCCCUCCUGGCCUCCUACGUCUCCCAGUUCUCCCGCUGCAGCACCCUCACCAUCUGACCCCCGGAGCCCCUCGGGGUGCCGUGCCGUCCCGUGCCGUCCGUCGGGGAGCCUCCCGUGGGCCCGAAUGCUGGGUGGGCACUGGGCCGCUGAAGGCUCCUGGGGGGGGAAGGGCAGAGGGCCAGGAGGGGAGAGAGCGGGGAGCGGCCUCUUCAGCAGCUGUGCACGAGUCUCUCCCCCCCCCCCCGGGAUGCCGUGUGCCCAGGAGGAAGAAGCUGGCGCUGUCUUCCCCGUGUGCCCCGGGGGGGGGAGGCUGGGCAUCACUGCCUCUGCCCGGCACUCUUCGCAAGGGCCGCCUGAGGCUGGGGAGCAGAACCAAGAAGGCCCGUGUCUCUCCUGAGCCCUUUCUGGGUGUGUGUGUGUAUGUGUGUGUGUGUCUCAAUAAAAUCUUGACC